ACAAACAAACAUGUCUUCGAGGACGCUUCCCCUGCUUUUCAUUAAUCUUGGUGGAGAAAUGUUGUACAUUCUGGAUCAACGUCUACGAGCUCAGAACAUCCCUGCUGACAAAGCCAAGAAAGCUGAUUGGAUAGAGGAUGACAGAAGGAGAGUGAUGAAUGACAUCAUCACCACCAUGUUUAAUAAGAAGUUUCUGGAGGAGCUGUUCAAGCCUCAAGAGUUGUACUCCAAAAAGGCUCUGAGGACAGUGUUUGACCGACUAGCCCAUGCUUCAAUAAUGAGACUCAACCAGGCUAGCAUGGACAAGCUUUAUGACUUGAUGACCAUGGCCUUCAAGUACCAGGUGCUCCUCUGCCCAAGACCCAAAGAUAUACUCCUUGUGUCCUUCAACCACAUGGAUGCCAUCAAAGACUUUGUAAAGGACACACCAAGUAUUCUCAGCCAGGUGGAUGAGACAUACAGACAGCUCAUUGAGAUAUAUUCACCAUUGUCUAGUGGUGAGUUUCAGCUAAUUAGACAGACUCUACUCAUCUUCUUUCAAGACAUGCACAUACGAGUGUCAAUCUUCCUCAAAGACAAGGUGCAGAAUUCCAACGGACGUUUUGUCCUCCCUACUACUGGUCCUGUUCCCCAUGGAACACAAAUUCCUGGACUCAUCAGAAUGUUCAGCUGCAAUGGUGAGGAGAUAAAGAGGCUACAGUUCCGUAAUGGUGGGAACUAUGCCGGUGCUCUCCGUGAAGGAUCCUUUGACAUGUUUGGAGACAGGGUCAUCAAGCUGGGCACCAAUAUGUAUAGUGUAAGCCGCCCAGUGGAAACUCACAUGUCAGGAACAUCCAAAAACUCUGCACAACACACUAAGGUUAACACAGCUCCUAACCCCCUAGCCAAGGAGGAACUGAACCUACUCGCUAGGUUAAUGGGAGGUUUGGAGGUGGAAAAAACAGUUAAUGCUGACAGCGGCUUUAGAGUCAAUCUCUUUGCCACAGACCAAGAAGAAGAAGAGGCUUUGAUAUCGAGGCCAGAUGAACUAUCAUAUGAAGUCAUAAACAUCCAAGCAACAAAGGAUCAGCAGGCCAACGCGGAGCUGGCCAGGAUCAUGGGGGAGUUCACAGAGGCAGGAGAGCCAUGUCAAAAUACCAGCAGCAAAGGUGAUGACCUUUUGGCCAUGAUGGAUGGACUGUGAUAUGGUCUCCUUGACAACAAUGUCUUGGGAAAAGACCGAGUGGGUUAGGAACUGUGUUCUACUGCAGAACAACCCACAAAAAUAUGUCCGCUGACCCACGCACACACACAACAUCUUGGUGAGCAUGGGGAUUUGAAAUGCCCUUGUGAGCAGGUCAUUUAAUUUGGUUGAACCAGUGACUUCCUUGCUGUGCUUGAAUCUUCCUUUCAAAAGUUCUGAUAGCCUAAAAAAUACAGUAGGUAAUCAAUAAAUGUUGUCUUACUGAAGCGUUAAUUUGUGUCUUUGACACUUAUGUGCACCAGUUAAUUUGGUGAUUAUCACCAUGAAAUGAUUUCCAAAUGACAAUGUCUUGGACUUUUUACUAAACAGGUUGGUUUGGCAUUUUCAUUUAACCCUUGUUAUCUUCGGGUCAUUGUGACCCACCGUCGUAUUGCGACAACUUUACCGCAUACAAAAACAAAGUGAAGCAUUUUCUUUUAACCGUCGGGCUGUCUCAGACCCCCCACAUCGCGAGGGUUAAAAGAAAAUUCAUUUUAUUUGUUUUUGAAUUGGGUAAAGUUGUCGCAACACAAUGAUGGUUCGUUGUGAACCUUUGGGUCAUGUGACCCGAAGGCAGCACAAGGGUUGAGUUAACUCUAUAUUCCUUAUGUUAUCUCCCCAUGAGAUACAAGGUCCUGGUUUACUUGUUCACAGUUUCUCAGAAUGUAAAGCCUGUAGAGGCCUUCGUUUUGGUAUAAUGAACAAUAACCUAAAUUGACUGUGUGGGCCCUGAAUGGAAACCCAAGUGCACUUGUUUUUGUGAUUUGUAAGCACAGAUCCUAAAAACAUUCCCAAAUAAGGCGCUACAGUACCUAAUGUUAGCUGUAUUCUAUUUAGCUGUACAGGAUUUAGCUUGUUUUUCCAUCACAAAAGUAUCAGCUACAUGUGUGUCUGUCUAUAAAGAAAUUAUGUACCUAACUGCAAUAUGUCAUCAUCAAUUGGGAUGUUAUUGUUCAAGGGUUUUAGUGUGAGAAAACAUUGAGUAACCAAUAUAUCAUAUUAAAGAGAUGCAAUAUGACCUAUGGUCCGACAUACAAAUAUAUUUAUGGAAAUGUUAUAUUUAUUUUAAUUUGUUGGGUUUUCAUUAUGCUUUGUUUUGGGGGGUUGAGUAGAUAUUCAGAAUAAUGUCAAUUUUGUAAUAAAUAGAUUCAAUAG